CUUAUUUAUCUAUGCUAAUGCCAUUCAAAAACAAAAUUGAUACUUUAGGCAGCAGAUGGAACCACAAACAUAAUAAUAUUUAAUUUGUGUUGAAAGUUGAAAUUACAAAAACUUGCCAUUAGUUGAUAGUUACCGCAAAAAUGGCUGAUGAGCAGGAAGUCCAACAAUUAGAAUUGCUGUGUAAACAGCUUUAUGAGUCACAGGAUUCUACUGUUCGAACUGAUGCUGAAAAGGCAUUAGUUAUAUUUCAGGAGGGACCCAAUACUUUGGCUAAAUGUCAACUACUCUUGGAUCGUGGUGAUUCAUGCUAUGCUCAACUUUUAGCUGCAACUACCUUAACUAAAUUGGUAUCUCGUAGUGCACAAGGAUUAAGUUUGCAGCAGAGACUUGAUAUAAGGAAUUAUGUACUCAAUUACUUAGCAACACGGCCGAAGUUACAAAGCUUUGUAAUUCAAGCACUUGUAACUUUAUUUGCUAGAAUUAGUAAACUUGGUUGGUUUGAUAGUUACAAAGAAGAGUUUGUGUUUAGAAAUGUUGUUGCUAAUGUUACUAGUUUUUUACAGGGCUCUGUAGAACAUUGUAUGAUAGGAGUACAGUUAUUGUCCGAAUUAACAAGUGAAAUGAAUCAAAUAUCAGAUGCGGAUGCAAAUAGAUCUCUAACUAAACAUAGAAAGAUUGCAAGUUCAUUUCGUGAUUCCCAACUCUUUGAAAUGUUUCGACUAGCUUGCUCUUUAUUGGGCAAUGCUCUUGAAAAUCGCGAUGAGCUGAAUUAUAAUCAUGAAAAACAAUAUAGGCUUAUGACUCAAUUACUACAUUUAGCCCAAAAUUGUUUAAAUUUUGAUUUCAUAGGAACCUCUACAGAUGAAUCUUCAGAUGAUCUUUGCACUGUUCAGAUUCCAACUAGUUGGAGGCCGGCUUUUUUGGAUUUUACCACCUUAAAAUUAUUUUUCGAUUUGUAUCGUACUUUACCAACUACUUUGAGCACUAUGGCGCUUUCUUGUUUGGUUCAAAUUGCCUCAGUUCGUAGAUCAUUAUUUUCCAAUAAUGAAAGAUCAAAAUUUUUAACUCAUCUAGUUAAUGGCGUGAAGCACAUACUUCAAAAUCCACAGGGCUUAAGCGAUCCUGGGAAUUAUCACGAAUUUUGUAGACUUCUUGCACGCCUGAAAAGUAAUUACCAACUUGGUGAAUUAGUAAUGGUUGAGAAUUACCCUGAAGCAAUUCAACUUAUUGCCGAAUUCACAGUCCAGAGCCUGCAGAUGUGGCAGUUUGCACCAAACAGUGUCCAUUACUUGCUGUCAUUAUGGCAACGCAUGGUAGCUAGUGUUCCAUAUGUAAAAGCUACUGAACCUCAUUUAUUAGAUACAUACACACCAGAAGUAACAAAUGCUUACAUCACAUCCAGAUUGGAAAGUGUUGCAGUUGUUGUAAGGGAAGGUUUAGAAGAUCCUUUGGAUGAUUUGGGCAUGGUGCGACAACAAUUAGAACAGUUAUCUAUAAUUGGCCGUUGUGAAUACCAAAAGACAUGCUCAUUAUUAGUUCAGUUGUUUGAUCAAUCUGCAAGAACUUAUCAAGAACUUUUGACUAAUCCAGCCCCUGCUCAAAUGGAUGUUCUUAUACAAGAAGGAAAGCUGACGUGGCUAGUUUACAUAAUUGGAGCAUCUGUUGGGGGUAGAGUUGCCUUUAAUACCGCCGAAGAACAUGAUGCGAUGGAUGGUGAGCUUGUCUGUAGGGUGUUACAACUGAUGAAUCUAACGGAUUCACGUUUAUCGCAAGGUGGCUGUGAAAAAUUGGAAUUAGCAAUGAUGAGUUUUUUUGAGAAGUUCUGUAAAAUAUAUGUAGGUGAUCAAGUACAAAAAAAUUCUAAAGUAUAUCGCCGAUUAUCUGAGGUGUUAGGUUUAUCUGAUGAUGCUAUGGUUUUGUCCGUAUUUAUAAGAAAAAUUAUAACUAAUUUAAAAUACUGGGGGCGAAGUGAACAAAUUAUUAGUAAAACAUUGAAUUUGCUGAAUGAUCUAUCUGUCGGAUAUAGUUGUGCAAGGAAAUUAGUGAAGUUGGAAGAAGUACAGUUUAUUUUAAAUAAUCAUACGAGUGAACAUUUUCCUUUCCUUGGUGGAAGUGUUGCAGUUAGCGAAAUGAGAUGCCGAAGUAUGUUUUACACUUCUUUAGGACGUUUGCUUAUGGUUGAUUUAGGCGAGGAGGAAGAUCGUUUUUUAUCUUUCAUGGUGCCUUUGACAGCAUCUUUUGAGAGUAUUGCCACGCACAUGACUCAAGGGGAUGCUAUUUAUGCUGCCGAGAAUACCAAAAAAGUAUUAAUAGGGUUAGCACGUGACUUGCGAGGACUUGCUUUUGCGUUUAAUACUAAAUCUACCUAUAUGAUGUUUUUUGAUUGGAUAUAUCCUAGAUAUACUUCUAUAUUAUUAAGUGCAAUUGAAAUUUGGUGUCAUGAUGCAAAUGUUACGACACCAAUACUUAAAUUAUUUGCUGAAUUGGUUCAAAACCGGUCACAAAGAUUACAAUUUGAUGUUUCUUCUCCCAAUGGUAUACUUUUAUUUAGAGAAGCUAGCAAAGUCAUAUGUGGUUAUGGUAAUAGAAUUCUUACUCUAGAUGUACCUAAAGAGCAAAUGUACCCAUUAAAGUUGAAAGGUAUAUCAGUCUGUUUCUCAAUGCUCAAAGCAGCUCUAUGUGGAAGCUAUGUCAAUUUUGGAGUGUUCAGGCUAUAUGGAGAUGAUGCUUUAGAUAAUGCAUUAAACAUAUUUAUAAAGCUUCUUUUAUCAAUACCUCAAUCAGACUUAUUAGAAUAUCCUAAAUUAUCACAAACAUAUUAUGUUUUGUUAGAAUGUCUUGCACAGGAUCAUAUGUCAUUCCUAUCUACAUUAGAACCUCAAGUUUUCUUAUAUAUUCUGGGCAGUAUUUCGGAAGGAUUGACAGCUCUAGAUACUUUAAUAUGUACCGGUUGCUGUGCAACAUUGGAUUUUAUUGUUACUUUUCUGUUCAAACAACUUACAAUGAAAGGUAUGUCAUCACAAACCAAAGUAAUUCAAUAUUGGCAUAAUAAAAGUGCUUAUCUAUAUCUUAUUAGACUACAAGUUUUAGAAAUGCAUCCGGACAUAUUACGCCAGAUUUUAUCUACUGUAUUACAUAUUAUUAUGUUUGAGGAUUGUCGGAAUCAGUGGUCAAUGUCACGUCCUUUACUUGGGUUAAUACUUCUUAACGAGGAUUUCUUUAAUGAAAUGCGAGCAAAUUUGAUUGCCCAACAGCCUAGAGAUAAGCAAGCUGCCAUGGCACAGUGGUUUGAUAAUUUGAUGGAGGGGAUUGAAAGGAAUUUAUUGACUAAAAAUAGAGAUAGGUUUACUCAGAAUUUAUCAAUGUUUAGACGUGAUAUUAAUGAUUCCUUGAAAGGUCCAAAUAUAAAUUCAAGUGUGAGUGACAUGAUGACAUCUUAGCUAAAAUGUAAAAGUAUAUUAAAAACAGUUGAUGUUUUGUGUACAAUGUAGUGAUUUAUUUUUAAUGAUAUUUAUAUAUGAUAUGAAAUAUAAAAAAAAAA